AUGGCUCUCCCCAAGAGAAUUCAAAAAGAGACCGAGCGCCUCAUGGCGGAGCCUGUCCCAGGCAUCAGCGCCAUUCCCCACGAAGACAACCUACGGUACUUUGACGUCGAGAUCCAUGGUCCUUCGUCUUCUCCAUAUGAGGGCGGCGUCUUCAAGCUUGAGCUCUUUCUCCCGGACGACUACCCCAUGACACCCCCCAAGAUUCGCUUCCUUACCAAGAUCUUCCACCCCAACGUUGACAAGCUUGGCCGUAUCUGCCUUGAUGUGCUGAAGAACAAUUGGUCACCUGCUCUGCAAAUCCGAACAAUUCUCCUUUCGAUUCAAGCCCUCCUCGGCGCCCCGAACCCCGACGAUCCGCUUGCUGCUGAUGUUGCCAAGAGCUGGAAAGAGGACGAGAAAGCAGCUAUUGCGACGGCGAAGCAGUGGACUCAGCAAUACGCCGUCCCGAAAUAG